UACAUAUAAUCUGCUCGAGAACAAUUUCACGUCAUUACAACGUCAACCUCAACACCGGUAAAAAGUUAUAAGGUAGUCCUGCGAAUUCUUCCUCGUCCAAUAUUCGUAUUUGUCUUAUUGUUUGAAGUUUAAUUUCUUCUACACCACCUCUUGUAUCAAACUGAAAAUGAGAUUUGGAGUGCAGUUUCUACUGCUCAGCUUAGCUCUUGUAGCUUUGUCUGUAGCCAAGGAUGAAAAAGAGAAGAACAAGGAUAUUGGUACUGUAAUUGGUAUUGAUUUGGGAACCACAUACUCCUGUGUGGGUGUCUUCAAAAAUGGCCGUGUUGAAAUCAUCCCCAAUGAUCAAGGAAACCGUAUCACACCCUCUUAUGUUGCCUUCACUGCUGAUAAUGAACGUCUUAUUGGUGAUGCUGCUAAGAACCAGCUUACUACCAACCCUGAAAACACAGUCUUUGAUGCCAAGCGUCUUAUUGGUCGUGACUGGACUGAUCACACUGUCCAGCAUGAUAUCAAGCUCUUCCCAUUCAAGGUGAUUGAGAAGAAUGCCAAGCCAUACAUCCAAGUAGAGACCUCCCAGGGCACCAAGGUGUUUGCUCCAGAGGAAAUUUCUGCUAUGGUUUUGGGUAAAAUGAAGGAGGUUGCUGAAGCUUACCUUGGCAAGAAAGUCACCCACGCUGUCGUCACUGUCCCUGCUUAUUUCAACGAUGCUCAGCGUCAAGCCACUAAAGAUGCUGGAGUCAUUGCCGGACUCAACGUUAUGCGUAUCAUCAACGAACCCACUGCUGCUGCUAUUGCUUACGGUCUUGACAAAAAGGAUGGAGAGAAGAACAUCUUGGUUUUCGACUUGGGUGGCGGUACCUUCGAUGUUUCCUUGUUGACCAUCGAUAACGGAGUCUUCGAAGUAAUUGCAACCAACGGUGAUACCCAUUUGGGAGGUGAAGAUUUCGAUCAGCGUGUCAUGGAACAUUUCAUCAAGCUGUACAAGAAGAAGAAGGGCAAGGACAUCCGUAAAGAUAACCGCGCUGUCCAGAAACUCCGUCGUGAAGUCGAAAAGGCUAAGCGUGCUCUCUCUUCGGCCCAUCAAGUUAGGAUUGAAAUCGAAAGCUUUUUCGAGGGUGAUGACUUCUCUGAGACCUUGACCCGUGCCAAGUUCGAGGAAUUGAACAUGGAUCUUUUCCGCUCGACCAUGAAGCCAGUCCAGAAAGUCAUUGAAGAUGCCGAUAUGAAGAAAACCGACAUUGAUGAGAUCGUUUUGGUCGGAGGAUCCACCCGUAUCCCUAAGGUUCAGCAGUUGGUCAAGGAAUUCUUUAACGGCAAGGAACCCAGUCGAGGUAUCAACCCUGAUGAAGCCGUCGCUUACGGAGCUGCUGUCCAAGCUGGAGUUUUGAGCGGAGAGCAAGAUACUGGCGAGAUCGUCCUUCUCGAUGUCAACCCCUUGACUAUGGGCAUUGAAACCGUCGGUGGAGUCAUGACCAAGUUGAUCUCACGUAACACUGUCAUCCCAACCAAGAAAUCUCAAAUUUUCUCCACCGCUGCCGACAACCAGCACACCGUCACCAUCCAGGUCUUCGAAGGAGAGCGCCCAAUGACCAAAGACAACCAUCUUCUUGGAAAAUUCGACUUGAACAACAUCCCCCCUGCUCCUCGUGGAGUUCCCCAGAUUGAAGUUACCUUCGAAAUCGAUGCCAACGGUAUCCUUCAAGUGUCUGCUGAAGAUAAGGGCACCGGAAACAAGGAAAAGAUUACCAUUACCAACGACCAGAACCGUUUGACUCCUGAAGAUAUCGAGCGUAUGAUUCGAGAUGCCGAGAAGUUCGCCGAUGAAGAUUUGAAGCUGAAGGAGCGUGUCGAAGCCCGUAACGAACUCGAAUCCUACGUCUAUUCUUUGAAGAACCAACUUGGAGACAAGGAAAAGCUCGGAGGCAAGUUGUCGGACGCUGAGAAGGAGAAGAUUGAAGGCAUCAUCGAUGAAAAGAUCAAGUGGUUAGAAAACAACGCUGAGGCUGAUGCCGAAGACUUCAAGAGGCAAAAGAAGGAUGCUGAAGAUGUUGUGCAGCCAAUUAUUGCUAAACUUUACCAAGGAGCAGGUGGUUCACAGUCUUCCAAAGAUGAGGAGGCUGAUGAUUCCACUAAAGAUGAGUUAUAAGCUAAUUAAUUUACACAAAAUUGCUACAAAAACACUUUCUUGAGAGCUCGAAUCAUUUUCCAAUGUGUGCGGAGGUUGAUGCGUCCUACUUCGUAAUUCUCGAGUCUGUUUAUAGGAUAAAAAAUUAACUUAUCCCUUGGUCCCUGAUUUUAUUUUAUUAUUUUUCAUUUUGCGUGAAUGAGGUGAAACAUUUUCUGUCUGUUUUUGUGAAGUUUAUCUGGAGGGGUAAUACAUGAGUGAAUGAUCUUUA